AUGGACCAAACAGUUCCCCCCAACACUAACCCCACCCCCAAUCUGAAUCCCAAUCUGAAUCCCAAUCCCAAUCCCAAACCCAAACCCAAACACAACCACCCCCUCACCCUCCGCGUCCAAGCCCUCACCCUCAUCUCCAUCGGCGUGGACAUCAAAUCCGUCCAGACCAGCCUCCGCCUCCCCCGCCAGACCAUCCUGUCCUGGGUCGCCAAGGCGCGCGCGCGCGGGUAUAACCCGCAGGUUGACUUUCGGAUUCUGCCGGAGUAUGUUGAGGAUGGGAAGAGGACGGGGAGGCCGAGGAGGGAGAGGGAGAGGGAGGGAGAGGGGGAGGGGGGUACAAGUGGGGAGGGGAAAGGAAAAGACAAGGGGAAGGCGAAGGUGUAG